AUGAAAAUUUCAAUCAUUUUGUUAUUAGUUGUUUUGACUGUUUUUUCCUAUAUUGCAUCUGCUGGCGACAUUAAACCAGCAUACUUCGAAACCGCCGAUGUUACUGGUACAACUAGAUUUAUCAUCAAAUUAAUUGAUGAAGAAAACAUUAAACAUGCCAGAGGUUUGCUUGAUGGAACUAUUACUGUACGACCACAUUUCAUGGGAAGAAUUAAAAAAACCACAACUGAUUAUAACCCAAGAUUCAGUUUCCAUUUGGACUCAGACACAAUUUCAUUUUUUGAUUUGGCAAUUGAAGUUUGCGAUGCUCACACAAGCUAUGUAGAAGAUCAUUUAGAUGAAGCAUGUGGUGCUUUCUUACCUGGAUGUUUUUGGUGUCCAUGGACCAGUAAAUUAGUUAGAGAAAUUAAACAUUAA